AUGGUCGUUGCGGCGAAGUGCGAGCUGUGUUUCAGUCACCAUGUACUCGCUGGGGUCUUGGAGCUAGAACUUUUCGCAAGAUUGGUGUGGUUGGCAUGCAUGGUCUGCCGGGAAGGAUACAGUUUAAGACCUACUGAUUUACUGGGUGCUUAUUCUUAUAGUAAGCGUGUGAAUCUAGGGGCAGCCACUUCAGGAAGUGCUCGCGGAGAGUGUGUUUACACCACUGUAAGUUACUUUAAUACUAUUCAUUUCCAGUGCCAUCAAGAGGCCAAAAGAGCUGAUGCUGCUUUGAAGAUUCCCAAGAAAAAGUGGGAUGGUGCAGCACUUAGAAACAAUGAAUCUCUCUGUAAUUCUUUAUUCCCUGUCAGAGGUCCAUCCGUUCCAUUGACACAGUAUAUCCGCUUUGUUGACCAACACUGGGACAACCUUAAUGCUCUUGGACGAGCUGAUGGAAACAGGCUCCGCCUGCUGACAUAUGACAUUGUUCUGAUGUUAGCCCGGUUUGCAACAGGAGCAUCGUUCAGUGUGGAUUGCCGAGGCGGGGGACAGGAAAGUAAUUCUCGGUUUCUCCCAUUUAUGUUCCAAAUGGCACGCCAUCUCCUUGAUCAAGGAAGCCCCUUGCAACGUCGAACCAUGGCCAGGGCUGUGUCAGCAUACAUUACCUCGUCUACAUCAGAUCUGAAGCCCUCUUCUUUGUCUGGUACCCAAAUUACAUUGGGAACAGAAGAAACUGUCCAAUUUAUGAUGGUGAAUUCACUUCUCUCAGAGUCUUGUGAGUCUUGGCUGCAGCAUCGCCGUGCUUUCCUACAGCGCGGAAUUUAUCAUGCAUACAUGCAGCACACACAUGGCCGUACCACUGCUCGUCCAUCAUCCGUUUCACCUUCUGUACAAGCUGUAGGGUCUGGAAGUAUAGGCCAAAGUGCCACAACAGAAACAGGGCAAAGUGAUGAGCUUCUGUCUAUUAUUCGCCCAAUGCUUGUUUACACUGGUUUGAUUGAGCAAUUGCAGCAUUUCUUCAAGUUCAAGAAAUCGGCUAUUGCAACAUCUACAAGUACUGGCGCAGCGGUUUCCUCUGUGACAGAAGGUGAAGAUGAAAGUGGGAAUCUAGAAGGCUGGGAAUUGGUUAUGAAAGAGCGACUCUCAAAUGUAAAAGAGCUACUCAGUUUCCCCAAGGAAAUGCUUUCCUGGCUUAAUGACAUUAAUUCUGCUAGUGAUUUGCAGGAGGCCUUUGAUAUUGUUGGGGUUCUGCCGGAGGUUUUGUCCGGUGGAUUCACUCGGUGUGAAGACUUUGUGCAGGCUGCAAUCAAUGCAGGGAAAAGCUGA